UGGUGUGUAGAGCCAUCAACUCUGUGUUAAAAGAAGUAGACACAGACAGCGGCUUGUGGGCUGAUCUCAUAAAGAGGCGAACAGGCAGCCUCUAACUUUUAAUCACACUUCACACCAAAGAGAAGCCACGAGUCAGAGAGGAGAGCGUUUAAUCAACGCUGCGAGGCAGGUGAGACACUCAGGUCACACACAGACAAGACAAGUGUUUGAAGUGUGGAGAGUCGGCUGGUUCCAGUAAUGAGGAGCAUCCUUCGUAAUGCCAACGCUGGGUGACCCGACAAGGCUUCAGGAACUGCAAGAAGCUGUGAAGGUAAAGCUCCUGGUGGCAGCAUGACUGAGAAGAGACACUAACAUCUGAGUAACUCCAGACACCACACACAGAAAGAGAACCAGGUGCAUCUUGUGCGAAACCAAUCAGAAGAGUCAUACCUGCUGAAAAUGGAGUCUGCUUUCUCACGGGUGAUAUGGGAACCUGAGGGAGAGUCCGAAGAGCUCUCUCCGAGAGGUCUUGGACUGCGUCGCAAACGGGAAUUCAUCCCCGAAGACAAGAAAGACGCGACCUACUGGGAGAAGCGCCGCAAGAACAAUGAGGCGGCAAAGCGCUCGCGAGAAAAACGAAGGGUGAACGACUACGUCUUGGAGACUCGAUUGGUUUCGUUGAGUGAGGAAAACGCACGCUUGCGAGCAGAGCUCUUGGCUUUGAAGCUUCGAUACGGUUUGCUUAACCCUGGGACGCCCUAUUCAGCUUCUCAAAGGGCGCUAUCUCAGCUUCACGCUUUGGCACCGCAACCUUUGGUUUCUUGCCCAGACAAAGACCUCUACUGGGGUAGACGCCAAGACAGAGAGGCUUCUCAUCUAUCAGGGAGCCAACAAGCACCGGUCUGUCUUGGUACUCACCCCGGGUCAGCCUUCCUGCCUACGCAUCCCAUGGCGAUACGAAGAAACCACCCGUACUUCCUAGACUUCCCCAGCCUCCAUUCUUCUACAGCCACGCCUUUACUCUUUCCCUCACACCUCGCCUCAACAGCGGCACCUUGGGCGGGACGGCCCCUGCUCCAGCCAGGGAAUCAGAGGAUCUUGUCGGACGAGGAAGGUGAGCAGCAGGUGCCAGCAGAUUCUAGCACCGCUCUGCCGCAUAAACUAAGACUAAAGACACAAAACUCCCAGCGCAAAGAUAGCAGAGAUAAAUCUGCGUCUCCAAUCCCAGCAUACAUUUCUGAUUGAAAUCAAGCUGUUGACAAAAUGACUCAGUAGUUGUGAGUCAUCCUACUCAUUUUUGAUAACUGAACAGUGGCUGUAUACCAGGAAGUUUGUUACAAACCAUUGUGAUAAAAAAAAUAUUUCUUUGAUCAAAAGGUCACACUUUCAGAUCAAGUUUCCAAGAGUCAAUAUUUCCAUCAUUGAGGUUUAAAAUGGCAGACUUGAAUUGGGAUUAUGACGCACAUGUUUAGUUUUUUUUUUUAUCUUUUAAUAUCGACAGGAAAGUAGGGGUGAGAGAAGGAGAACAGUAUUUUAGCUACAGAAAAAGGAAUUGACUAAAAUUGGACUCGAACAGGAAUCGAACCACUAACUUGUCCAUAACUUCCACCAUCUUUCACAAUAACUUCUAUUGUGAAUGCAUUUACAUUUAUGUAUUUGGCAGAUGCUUUUAUCCAAAGCAACUUACGUUGCAUUUAGGUGUAUACGUUAUAUCAUUCAUAGAUUACCUGGAAACAGAACCUUGGCGAUUAAAACAAAAAACGAAAAAAGCAGAAUUGAAAAAAGAUGUUACAUCUGUACACAUGCUAAAAUAUUUUAUUACAAUCCAAAGCACAAUGCAAACAGAUACUGAUGUCAUCUCUUUGCAGUUUCUUUCAAAAUGUGAACAUAAGUUUCUGAGAGGCCUAAAACCGCUUAACCACCGAUCAGAUGCAUGCAAAUGAGACCAAAAGAAAUUUAAGGGAUACUCACCACGUGUCAAAGAGCCUGAAAAGAGCGGGUAAGAGGAUAUUUCUGGAAUCCUUUUGUCGGGGUGAAGAUUGCAUGCUUGUACUUUUAUUUGACUUCCUUUUUGAUUGUGUCAUGUGACGUCUCAUUCAUGUGACUUGUUUGAUACAGCACCUGUGUUUGGAAAGGUGUUUAUGCACCAAGUAAGGUCACCUGUGACCCAUGUGAAAACAAUUGCUUGCUUGCUACUCAAAAGUUAAAGCUGUGAUGCAAUAAGUGGCCUGUAUUUUCUGUAAACGUUUUGUAAAGUGAACCCCGGGUAUUAAGACUUGUUUGGCUUAAUAUAAUGUAAAUGACGUUUCUUACUUAAAUAUGCAGUAGAAAACCAUGAGAGAUUUACAUUUUUUUAAAAAAAUCCACGUCGUUUUGUAUUUAUUUUGGGGGGGGGGGUUGGUAUGAUGUCAAAUAGUUGCAUGCACUUGGUGAGCUACUGCCGCUACCUGUUGCCAUUAUUAGACAACACAACUUAAAACACAACUCAGAAAAAAAAAAAAAAAUGAUACAAUGAC